CAGUUUCGUAGUUGUGCUUAGCCGCGUUCACGCCGUCGAACGGAAAAGAGAUAGACAGCUAGCCUAGCAGGCAGCAGCCGGCGACGAGCCGCGGGAGACGUUUACGCGCUUUCGGCGGUUCCUCGUACGGGUUUCCGGUAGCUGUGUGCGGCAGCCGGCGCCCGACGCGACGGCCGGCGAAGCCCGCUUUGCGUGCGUGAAGUGCCUGCGGACGUGCGAGCGAGGGGAGCCACACGCGAGACGACAGGAGGCGAGUGAGACGAUCGGACGGGUUUGCGGUCGGUCAAUCGGACGGACGACACGUACGGCACGGUCGAUCCGCGAACGACACGGUGAGACAGCAACGAGAUAGAAACGAGCGCGGCCUACGAGCGAUCUUCCCUGCGUGUCUGAUGAGCUCCUCCGCCGCGCCGCUGCUGGUGGUAAGAUGGCUGUGCAGCUGGACGGAGGAGGGAAGGAGGAUCUGAAAACACAGUUUGUCACGCGGGAGGGCACGUACAAACUGAUGACCCUGUCGGAGUACUCGAGACCGAACCGGGUCGGCUACACCAACAGCCAGGGCAGCGCGUCCGUCAGGGUGUCCUUCGUCACGCUGCCGGACCCAGCGGAUCCCACGGGCGCGCAGGGCCUUGGCGACCGAAUGUGCUUCAACUUCGGCAAGGAGCUCUACGUCUACGUCUACCGCGGUGUCAAGAAGGCUGUGGACUUGAACAAACCAGUGGAUAAAAAAUUGUACAAAGGGACUAAUCCGACCUGCCACAAUUUUAAUCAAACAACAGCGACAGCGGAUAGUGCUCCACUGCUGGUGGGAUUUUCCACAGGACAGAUACAGUUGAUCGAUCCGAUAAAGAAGGAACUCAGCAAGCUGUACAAUGAGGAUAGGUUGAUAGACAAGAGCAAAGUGACAUGCAUCAAAUGGGUUCCCGGCUCAAACAACCUGUUCCUGGUAUCUCACAGCUCCGGCCAAUUGUACCUCUAUAACGAAGAGUUGCUCUGCGGCAACACCGCGCCGCAUUACCAAUCGUUCAAGUCGGGUGACGGAUACGCCAUAUACACCUGCAAGACGAAGUCUACCAGGAACCCACUGUACCGGUGGGUGAUUGGCGCGGAAGGUUCUUGCAUAAACGAGUUUGCCUUUAGUCCGUGCGGUACGAACUUAGCCGUGGUAUCCCAAGAUGGAUUUCUGCGCGUAUUUCAAUACAAUACCAUGGAGUUGGUGGGCUCGGCGAGGAGUUACUUCGGUGGCUUUUUGUGCGUGUGCUGGUCGCCGGACGGACGUUACGUGGUGGUGGGCGGCGAGGACGAUUUGGUGACCAUCUGGAGCUUCCACGAAAAGCGCGUUGUGGCGCGGGGACAAGGCCAUCACAGUUGGGUGAGCGUAGUCGCCUUUGAUCCGUACACUACGUCGUACGGUGAUCACGAUCCCGACUUUAGCGGCUCGGACGACGAGACGACGAUGCCGCACAAUAAUCAUAAUCACUUCCACGAGAAGUCGCACCGUCUGUCGACGACCUCGCAGGGCGGCGGUGGCGUCCACUCGAACCGGAACUCCUGUGGCUCGGAACUGAGAAUGUCGGGCGGUACAUGCUACAGGUUAGGCAGUGUAUCCCAAGAUACCCAAUUGUGCCUGUGGGAUAUCACAGAGGACGUACUGAGGCAGCCGGUGUGCGCCAAGCAGAGGCCCUCCGCGGCGGGCAGCACCAGCGGCACUCUGUCAUCCUCGGGUACGUUUAACAGUGGCAACGGAACGGCGACGGCGAACCAUCAUUCGAACUCGAAUGCUAAACACAAUAAUUCGAAUAACGUUAAUUACAAAGAGAACGCGAGUGGUAAUAACGAAACUAGUAACAAUAGCACGGGCACGAACGCCGCAGUGGCGACCGUGAACUCGUUGACGCAGAGGCUAGCGGGUCUUGGUUUCGGCGAGCGUAAAGGUGAUAAUCACAAGAGAAACUUUAGCCUCACUAUGCGAGGCGGCACUGGUGCGACGGCAGCGGCGGCCAACAACAGUACGACAACGGUCGUGCAGAACAAUGGUGGCGACAAGGCGAGCACCGGCAGCUCGACGAACACGACGAGUAGUAGUCUGAACAACAGUGUCGGUGGGGGUUUAGUAGGUGGGACGGGCAAUAAAAAGGUUAGUUCCGUGAUGGACGAUCCCAUGAGGUUGAUAGGGACCGCCUGGUGUCCCAGGUUCGACGAGUGCCCGGUCCUCGAGCCGCUGGUGUGCAAGAAGCUGGCGCACGAGAGACUGACUGAAUUAGUGUUUAGGGAAGAUUGCUUCGUGACGGCGUGUCAGGACGGAUACGUGUACACGUGGGCGAGGCCCGGCCACAUGGUAGGUCCUCUCACGAUAAGCAGCACCCUGCACAGGCCAUCACACCAUCAUAGCAACAAUCCCUACACUAGUAAUAUCAAUUCCAUGCGAUGUAACGACCUCUGAUGUAACCCGUUACCUCCAAAUCGUUAUUUAGCAAGUCCGUCAUGUAGAGAAGAGUCUGUUAGUUACUGAAAAAUCCUGUACAUACAUACAUCAAGUUAGAAUUUAGGAUGAUGUUAUCGUGACGAAAGUGGCACGGGAUAAACUUGUAAUGCUUUAGAUAGUCUCCCUGUUGCCUGUUGUGGUUGCGGGAAGACGUCUUGAAAACGAACGACUGUUUCGGCUCGGAAGUAUUAGAAUGAGACACACUUGACGAAUUCGGUAUUAUCUUUGCCGGGUGUUUGAUACGACGAUCGCGUCGCUGUUAUUUAAGUUUUAUAUCAUACGAUCAGUAUAUUUAAUCUUAGAGAAUCCCUAAUUCACGUUUAGGUCUACGACCCUUAGGAUAGAUACUUGCGUUUGAGUUCUAUUAGUAUUGGGAGGUGCCAUUCAAAUGGAAAUAUUGAAGAUUUUUUAGUAUUUUUGUCUAAGUUUACAUUGUAUAUGGAUUACAGAAAUAUAUGGACGGACGAUACUAUGAGUGAACAAAUCGGUAAUUUGAAAACGCAGCUGUUAUCCAGACCCGUGAUAAUUUUGCUGGGCGUUUUAGUACAAUUAUUUUUUAAUCUCUCGCUGAUUAUAUAAUAAUAAAUGAAACUUGUCGGACAAUCUUGCCUUUCGCUCAAAACAUUCCAUUAGAUCGGUAUAUUCAAUGUAUACUCGAAUACAAAUUUGCUGUUAAAAAUGCAUGAAUUAGAUAGAGACUUCAGAUUAAGUAGAGUAGAGCGCGCACAUUAUUAACAUAGUUUUUAUUAAUAUUUCGUUUCAAUAAAAGGACGUGCUUUAACUUCUAUUUAGAUCUUACCAAUAAAAUGGUAUAGUGCAUGCGUUUUGCGAAUAAAAAAAAAACACACAUGUGUGCUUAAAGUUCAUUCAUAGUAUAGGCUGUCGUUAAUUAUCUGUGCCUAAUGAUGGUCUGGUCAAGAUAUAUUCUCGCGAUGAAUAUUGCAGAGCUACGCGAGCUAGGAUAGAAUAUUGAAUACUGAUAUAUUUAUGUUUUUGGUUUGCAUCCUUGAGAGCAAUGUUAUUUGAGCCCUACGAGGCCUCGUGACAGGGCAGGCCCCUUUAUCGAAGAGAACCUUCUUCCUAUCUUCUGUAAAAUGUUAUUAGUUUAGUUUAGCCGAGUAUAAAGAGAAAGAGAGAGAGAGAGAGAGAGAAAGAGAAAAAAAAAAGAGAGCGAGAGAGAGAGAGAGUCAACGAAAAAUUACUUAGCAAAACUAUCGUCUCUUAUCUUCGACUUAUGAUACGAAGUGCGAGAACAUUUAAUCCUUUGUUGAAAACAAUGAAUUUUGCCUUGUUGUACAAUAAAGCGAAAAUUUGAAUGAAC